AGCAAAAGAGAACGUCCGCGAUUGACCAAAUGUUCCGACGAACUUCUCUUUGGACGAUGCAAUCUUCGAUUUACCUCCACUAAAUUCCGUCACCGCCACCGUCCUCCUCGGAAUCUCAUCUUCCUCUGAUAUUGCCCCUAAUCGAGCUCCUCGAACCAAAUUCUGUUUCUGCAUCGGGUUUUCUGUUAAUUUGGCUUUGAUGGCCUGAUGGGGUCGUAUUGCCCAGUCCAAGGUUCUAUCUCCUUGUAUGUAAUCACGAUAGGGUUCGGCGAAUUCGGCAUCCCAGAUCGACCAUUAAAGGCGUAGGCUUGCGUUGGCAUCUUUUCCCAAUUGGUUCCAAUAUAUUCUGUCGAUGCUCGAGGUUCUGCAAGAACUAUAUUUGCACGGGACUUAAGAUACCAACAGCAACCAAUUAUCCUCUCAGGAAUUGGUAGUUACUGCAGCUCAGUCAUUAUCCGUGGGUGAUGGUUGGGAGGUUCAGUAUGACUCCUAUAUUAAGUCUUUGCCCAUUUCCACUUGGGGGCAGCUCAAGUUCCUUGACUCUUCAACAAGGUCAUUAAGCUUCAGGGCUAUAAGCUUGCAAGUCAUUAGUUCAUCUUCGGUCAACUUCAAAUUGCAACACCAACCAGCAUCACCAGAGAAACAAGAACAGAUCAAGCACGACUUCAGUAGCAGCAAUCAACAACAAUGUUGUACUUACUCCAUCCAGCUGUCCAACUAUGCCAGAAGGAGGCUAGAUGCCAUGAGCUUUGCUGAGGUUCUUGGAGAGACCAACACCGACUCAUUGCUAGGUGAAGAUUUCAUGGCUGCAAUAUCUUCGAGGUGUUUCCAUGAGGCUUCUCGUCUUGACUUGAUCUCGUCCUAUUGCGCUUCGUUUUCCUGGAACUUCAGCAAGCAUUCUUUGAAUAGCUCU